AUGAAAGAUCACAUAUAUAUCGGUCGGUGCCCCCCGUCGUUACGGCCUCCUCCGCGCCCCUCCCCCGAUCUUGCGAUCGGUGGGUGCCGAUUCUUCCGCCCUCCGUCGCUGCGACCUCCUUCGCGCCUUCUCCCCCGAUCUCGCGAUCCGGUGACGCCGAUCUUGCCGCACUCGCCGUCCCCUUCUGUCGCUGCGGCCUUCUCCGCUGCCCCCUCCCCGAUCGGUGGCGCCAAUCUUGUGCACCGCCACCCCCUCACCGAUCUUGUGAUUGGUGGCGCCGAUCUUGCCGCACCGCCGUCCCCUCCGUCGGUGCGGCCUCCUCCACCCCUCCCUUCCUCCCCGAUCUCGCGAUUGGUGGCGCCGAUCUUGCCGCCCCGCGCCGCCGCCCCUCCGUCACUGCGACUCCUCCCGUUUGUGCGGCCUCUCCGUCGCUGCAGCCCCUCCGAUCUCACGAUCGGUGGCGCCGACCGCGGAGGAGGCCGCCAACGACGGAGGGGCAACUGGGGCAGCAAGAUCGGCGAGGUGGCAUGGUCUAAUUCUUCAGCAUUUGUGGGAUACACGCCCCACCGCCCGCCUCCUCCUCGACCUUUCACCCCCCUUCUCAAUCUAUGGUGGCGUCAGGGACCCGAAAACGAAAGUUACGUCCCGCCCCCUCUCAAUCUAUGGUGGCGUCAGGGACCCGAAAACCAAGUGCGUCCCGCCCCUCCUCAAUCUUAUGGUGGCGGUCAGGAACCCGAAAAUGAAAGUACGUCCCGUAUUUUGAAAAAAAGUUCAAAAAGACGUUGCUCUGUUCCCAUGGCCGCCGCCGUCGCCCCUCCGUCGCAGUGGACUCGUCGCCCCUCCCGAUUCUGCGAUCGGUUGGCGCCGAUUCUUGCUGCACCCGUCGCCCUUCUGUCGCUGCGGCCUUCUCCGUCGCCCCUUCCCAUCUCGUGA